UGCCGCUGCUCUACACACGCAGCGGCAGUACGCGAGCACAGGGAGAGGCCCAUCCACAUGAGCUACAGAUCAUCUGCCGAGCUGUGGGAAGUCCGAGUUAUGCCUCCCUACUAUCUCAGCAUCCUUCCCAGCAAUAGGGAAAAAAAGGAGAAGCUAAACAAGCAAAAGUUUUUCCUCUGAGUCGCGAAAAAGAGGAGUCGACAUGGAUGAAAAGGAGCUGUUUGUGUGAAUAAACGAAAGGACUGGCGCAAACCCCUCUUCAACACGGUAAAAGAAUGAUAACAUAGCUAGCACUUUGUGUUGCUUUUUGUAUGAGAGGACACGAAAACCUCAACUGUGGGAAAGUUUGAAGCAGGGACUGGCUAUGGCGCGGGAGACCGAAGACCCCGGGAUGGCCAAAGCCUCAAAAGUCAAAAGGCAAAGAAAGAAGAAAACUAAGGAGAACAAAACAAGGACUGUGCACGCAAACUUACUCUAUGAUAACGCCAAAGGGGAGGAAAACCCAAACCGACACUAUGCAAACAACAAGAUUAAGACGACUAAAUACACUGUGCUGUCUUUCCUGCCAAAGAACCUUUUUGAACAGUUUCAUAGGUUUGCCAAUGUUUACUUUGUUUUCAUCGCUUUGCUGAAUUUUGUUCCAGUUGUCAAUGCGUUUCAGCCAGAACUGGCCCUGGCUCCUGUCGUUUUUAUUCUGUCUGUCACUGCCAUCAAAGACUUAUGGGAGGACUACAGGAGACACAGGUCGGAUAAAGAAAUCAAUCACAUGGAUUGUCUGGUCUACAGCAGAGCGGAGAGAAGCUAUGUGGAGAAGUACUGGAAGGAGGUGCGGGUGGGAGACUUCAUCAGGCUCCGAUGUAAUGAGAUCCUCCCCGCUGACGUUCUGCUGCUGAGCUCCAGUGACCCUGACCGCCUGUGCCACAUCGAGACUGCCACACUGGACGGAGAGACCAACCUCAAGCAGAGGCAGGUCGUCCGCAGCUUCUUUGACCUGGAUUGUGAUUUUGACCCUAUAAAGUACAACAGCAUAAUUGAAUGUGAGAAGCCCAACAAUGACCUGAACAGAUUCCGAGGCUACAUAAUCCAUCGAAGUGGCAGAAGAGAUGCACUUUACAAAGAGAACCUGCUGCUGAGAGGCUGCACCAUCCGCAACACAGAAGAGGCUGUGGGAAUAGUCAUUUACGCAGGUCACGAGACCAAAGCCAUGCUAAACAACAACGGCCCGCGCUACAAGCGCAGUAAACUGGAGAGACAGAUGAAUGUAGACGUGUUCUGGUGUGUCAUCAUCCUGCUGGUCAUGUGCCUGUUUGCUGCUGUUGGUCAUGGGCUGUGGAUGUUUCAGUACGGAGAUAAGAGACCUGUGUUCGAUGUUCUUAGUCCAGAUGGGACAGACUUAUCACCCAUCAUGUCCGCUAUUUAUCUCUUCCUUACUAUGAUCAUCGUCUUUCAGGUGCUGAUACCCAUCUCCCUUUUUGUGUCGAUUGAGAUUGUCAAGAUCUGCCAAGUGUACUUCAUCCAUCAGGACAUGGAGCUGUACGAUGAGGAGACAGACUCUCACCUGCAGUGCAGAGCUCUGAAUAUCACUGAGGAUCUCGGCCAGAUGCAAUACAUCUUCUCUGACAAGACAGGCACGCUGACUGAGAACAAGAUGGUGUUUCGCCGCUGCACUGUGGCAGGGGUGGAGUACUCCCAUGAUGCCAAUGCUAGGAGACUUGCUAUGUACCAGGAGAUGGAUUCUGAGGAAGAAGAAUGUACGUCUCACGGCGGGACCCUGCCCAGACGGGACAGUGUGACCAGCCACCAGAGCGCCCGGGUGGUGCUGCGCUCUCAGAGCACAAAGUCCCACCGCAGGACGGGCAGCAGGGCGGAGGCCAAACGAGCCAGCAUCCUGUCUAAGCACACAGCCUUCAGCAGCCCCAUGGAGAAAGAUAUCACCCCCGACCCUCAGCUCUUAGACAAAGUCAAUGAAUGCAGCAGUCAGAUGGACUUUAUGCGCUUCCACAGCCAGCCCAUGUCCCAGCUGCCCUCUGACCUCGCUGACGUCAUUGAUUUCUUCAUCGCUCUCACCAUCUGCAACACGGUGGUGGUGUCUUCCCCCAACCAGCCCAGGCAGAAGGUCCGGGUGAGGUUUGAGCUGAAGUCCCCUGUUAAGACCAUUGAGGAUUUCAUUAAACGCUUCACCCCUAGCCGACUGACCUCAGGCUCCAACAACAGCAGCUCCUCCAGCCUCAUCACCAACCGCUCCUCCAACAAGGGAUGCUCCAGCAUGCUGUCUUCCCCCUCUGCAGAGAGCACGCUCACCAAAUUGGACGAGGAGCAGCCUCCCAGGGACCUGGAGCACAACUUUGGCCCUGUCCUGCCGUGCUACGACGGGAAGGCUUGGAACCUGGAGGAGGGCGAACUGCGCUAUGAGGCAGAGUCGCCGGACGAGGCUGCGCUAGUCUACGCUGCCAGGGCCUACAAGUGCUCCCUCGUCGGACGCCUCCCUGACCAGGUGACCAUGGAACUGCCACACCUGGGGAAGCUGAACUUUGAGCUGCUGCACACUCUGGGCUUUGACUCCACCAGGAAACGCAUGUCCGUGGUGGUUAGGCACCCUCUGACGGAUCAGAUCACUGUCUACACUAAGGGAGCAGACUCUGUCAUCAUGGAUCUGAUCAAACCCCCUGACACAGGAAGCUCCAAAGGAAAACGCCAGAAAAAGAUAGUCAACCGGACUCAAAACUACCUGAACCUGUAUGCUGCAGAUGGCCUUCGCACACUGUGCAUUGCAAAAAAGAUUAUGAGCAAGGAGCAGUAUGCCUGCUGGCUGCAGCAUCACCUGGAGGCUGAGACGGCCAUCCAGGGAAGAGAGGAGCUGCUGUUUGAGUCGGCCCUGCGACUGGAGACAAAUCUGCAGCUUCUGGGAGCGACGGGCAUUGAGGACCGGUUGCAGGACGGAGUGCCUGAAACUAUAGCUUCUCUGCGGAAGGCCGGCCUGCAGAUAUGGGUGCUGACGGGCGACAAACAGGAGACAGCUGUCAAUAUUGCGUACGCCUGCAAGCUGCUGGACCCUGAGGAAGAGAUCCUGACACUGAAUGCUGAUUCUCAGGAGGCGUGUGCGUUGUUGCUGGAGGAGAGUUUACACUACAUCCAGGCCAAAUUCCUCUGCAGCUCUACAGACCAAGCCGCCAAGGCCUUCCACAGUAACUUUACAACCUUUGAAAUCUAUCCCUCUUCAUCUCCGUCCUCCUCCUCAUCCUCCCACACCCCUCCCUUCAUGGUGCACCGGCUGGGCCUGGUAAUUGACGGGCGGACUUUGGCCUAUGCCCUGGAUAAGAGUUUGGAGGAUAAGUUUCUGGCUGUCGCGCGGAGCUGUCGUUCAGUGCUCUGCUGCCGCUCCACACCGCUGCAGAAGAGCAUGGUGGUCAAACUGGUGCGGAACAAGCUGAAGGUCAUGACUCUAGCCAUAGGUGAUGGGGCCAAUGAUGUCAGCAUGAUCCAGGUAGCGGACGUGGGCGUGGGCAUCUCGGGACAGGAGGGCAUGCAGGCGGUGAUGGCGAGUGACUUUGCUCUCCCACGUUUCCGGUAUCUCCAGAAGCUCCUGCUGGUCCACGGACACUGGUGUUACUCCCGGCUGGCUAACAUGAUUCUCUAUUUCUUCUACAAGAAUGCUAUGUUUGUAGCACUCAUCUUCUGGUAUCAGUUCUACUGUGGGUUCUCAGGUUCAGCCAUGAUUGACCAGUGGUAUCUUAUCUUCUUCAACCUGAUGUUUUCCGCCUUCCCACAACUCAUCACUGGCACUCUGGACAAAGACGUGUCAGCAGAGACUCUCCAACAACUACCUCAGCUCUAUGUGAACGGCCAGAACUCCGAGGAAUAUAAGCCAUAUAUGUUCUGGAUGAACAUGAUUGAUGCCUUCUACCAAAGUCUGGUCUGCUUCUUCAUUCCUUACUUUGCCUAUGCUGACUCUGACGUGGACCUGUUUACAUGGGGAACUCCCUUUACCACCCUCGCUUUAUUCACCAUUCUGGUGCACUUGGGCAUUGAGACCAAAACCUGGACCUGGAUGAACUGGCUGUCUAUCGCCUUCAGUAUAGCCUUAUUCUUCACAGUGGCUCUGUGCUACAAUGCCUCCUGUCCUACCUGCUACUCUCCCUCUAACCCCUACUGGACCAUGCAGAGGCUGCUGCAGGACCCCCUCUUCUACCUGCUCUGUGUCAUCACGCCUGUAGCAGCCCUUCUGCCCAGAUAUUUCUACAGGGCGUGUCAAGGCACGCUUUUUCCCAGCCCAGUCCAAGUUGGAAGACAGUUGGAUAAACUCCCUGCUGAAACCUGCAGGAACAUCCUCAGCCUCAGCAGGGUCAAGGUGGGGUCACCGCUCAGCCCCAAGCCUCCCUUCCUGUCCCUCGCUAAGCCUUCCCCUAAAGGUUGCAAUAUAAAAGACCAGAGGAGCUUCCCCAGCUCCAGGGCAUCGCAGGAGCCCGUUUUACAAAUGGACGAACGGGGCCGGAGAAGCCCGCUGGGGCCCAGAGACAGUGAGAAGGGCCUCUCAGAUCUCUGCACACUAGUUCCUACAGAAAUAGACACUCUUCCUUACACCAAAGACGCCCCUCCGCUCUCGGGGGAGCCGUGGCCUCCUUCCACCAAAGACUCUGAGUGUCUGGACAAGACUUUAGAGGUGUCGGAUGUGAGUCUGUCCAGCUGGAUCACCUCCACGCCUGUGCUCGCACAGACAGACAGCGUCCAGCUCAACCUGCCCCCUGAUGGAGACUCCCAGUGUGCCAAAUACACGAGGAAUUCAGAGGAAAGACUCAAGCCUGACCACACCAUUCAUCCAGCACAGAGGACAGAGCAGGCGGUAGAACAGCUUCUGCACACCACCUUGUGAUGUCUUACAGUCUUAAGUGUGUCACUCACUUAAACACUAAAAACAAUUUGCACGAUAGUUUUUUAAAAUCUAAUUUAAUUGUAUUUUUCAAGGAGAUUCUUUUAUAAAAGCUACAAAUAGGUACUUUAUAUUUUGGAUGUUUAAAGCUAAAGAUAUUUUUGAGGUUUAGGAGAUUGAAGAACUGGAAUAUCUUCUGGUGUUUUUGUAAUCCUGGGAAAUGUUUAUAUCACAACGAUGCAUCUCAACACAUGAUCAGGUUUUAAUCUAGGGAAGAGCAGAGUAGAGACAUUCCACUGCUGGCUUAUUUGGGAAAAUUCUCGCUCUCUCUCUGAAAUGGUACUCUGUUCAUUAGUUCAGCUUUGCCUGUAAAUGCAUUAAGACCUGGAUCACAGUGGCCUUGAAUCAGUGUUUAUAUACCUGAGAAGAGAAGUUUUAUAUGUUUUAAUCCCUGCAGAAACCUGUUUCUCUGCAGAAAUGUAUCUUUAAAU